AUGGAUUUUCCGGAGAACGCAUGCAGUGCAGCAACAGCACCUUAUGAGAACAUGGUGAUGGCCGCUCCGGUCCCAAGUCCGGAGGCUGGGGUCCCAGAAGAGUUCAGGAGAUGGGGAUACACGCAGUACAAAGGCACAGCGGUCGACGAGGGCGACCUCACGGGCAUGUACACCAACAAAGCACAGCAAACCAGCCGUCAGCGUCACAGGAGUGAUGGUUUUAUUUUAUUGAGGGCUAGCCGAUUUGAUCAGCAGAGCAUUCGCUUCAAUUAUGUGGUGGCAGGGCGACUCUUGCACGUGAAGGCCUAUGGCAAGGGCAUAGGCUGGGUGGAGAUAGUCAACGUCUACCAGCAUGCGUGGGGGCUGCACGGCGAACAGACCACCAUAGAGGCCAAGAGGGCUACGCUCUGGGAGAAGAUGAGGCUAACGUUGGGCCAGAUCCCUCAGAGCAGUGCACUUGUCGUUUGUGGUGAUUUUAAUACUGCGCUUCAGCACCGAGCUCCAUAUGUGGGUCGAGGUCUUCCGAGGCAGCAGCAGAGUUCGUCAGAUGCAGAGGCUCUGGAACACAUUCAGAAUGAUUUUGAUUGCAUUGCUGCCAACACUUUUCACAGGUGGGACGCUGGCGAGCAGGAGGGCGGCAUCUACCUGUCCAUGUGGUCUUCACGCAUCGUCAAGGAGCAUCCCGAACUUGUGGAGCAGUUUCAGCAACAGGUUGCGGAAUCACUAACGGCUGUCACCUCUUACGAGCCCCAGCAGCUGAAUAACCUGCUGCUUGAGGCGGGCAAAAAGGUCUUCACGAUCCGGAGGCCCCCGAGCUUACCUGCUCCAGCUGAGGACCCAGAGCAUGUCGUUACCAUCAAAACCAUGUGGGAACACUACAGGGAGAUGCGCAAAGCUCAGCUGGAUCGCUCCGGCAGUGGGUACAGAGACACAGUCGUCGUUUACGACGACAGCGGUUCGAAAGGCUCCUGGCUGAGGCAUGCACCGAAGCAAGCCCGUCGACGUGCCCAACUGCGAGACGUGAGUGGCAAGCUCAUGACUCCAGCAGAAGAAGCACAGGUACUGCUCACCUUUUGGCAAAGUGUCAAUGGUGGAACCAGGCCCAGUGGAGACGAGCCCAACAGCUACACGUUCCAUAUCACAUGCGGGGAGCUCAGAGAUGCUCUUCGGCGGUUACAGGGUAACAAAGCAGCUCCCAAACAUUGUGCUCCACACGUGUUCUGGAGCAUGGCUUCGGAGCACAUUGCCACGUUCAUGAGCGAGCAGGUGUUCCAUGAUUGGCAGCAGGGCGGAGCUCGUGUCCCUCAGGACUGGGCUUCGGCAUGGCUGGUGUUCCUAGGAAAAGUGGGCAAAAUCGGGGACUCUCCCGCACAUCUCAGGCCCAUAGCGCUGCUCGAGCCCAUGGGCAAAGCGGUUGCCGGCAUCUUGAAGGAUCGUUUGAUGCCGUUUGUACAACCCUGGCGCAAGGUCGCUCGCUUUACGAUCUACGAGCAGGACACAAACGAGGCUCAUGCGCUGGUGGUCUACAGCUCAGUAUCAAUUGUUCCAGCCGAUUUAAUCGGCAUCAUCAUGCAGUGGGUCCAUUCCACCAAGUUCCACAUAGGCGGACAUCCAGAUGAAGUACAAUAUGGCUCCGACAAGGGCAUUAGGCAGGGAUGCAAGCUCUCGCCGACUCUCUGGGUCUGCAUCUCGGUAUACUUGCUUAGACACAUGGACAACACCUUGGGAUUGAAUUGGUGCCAGCAGCACGGAGUAGGAUUCGCGGACGACUUGCACUUCAGGUGGAGGUUUGAGGACGUGGCUGGCAUGCAGCUGGCACUCAAACAGGCGGGCACAGUCUUGCAACUCCUUACUGCCUGCGGGCUCAUAAUCAGCAAGGAGAAAACCGUUUGCCUGCUAAGAGCAGAUGGGGUUCAGGCACCGAAUGCCAUCAAGAAGGUGGUGCGCAAGACCAAGCAAGGCAAGCUGCUCAAACUCGACAUGAACUGGGAAUUGCCGCUCAAGAAGUCGCAUAUCUAUCUAGGGGCCUGCAUCUCCUACGAGAACUUCGAGUCACAGAACAUGCAGCAUCGACUUCAGGCAUGCCGUGCAGCUUUCAGCAGAUUACGUACCACGCUCAUGGCGCACAGGGCCCUCAACAUGCACCGACGGCUGCAACUGUGGAAGGCAACAGUGGUGACCUCAGCUAUGUACUCACUUUUGGCCUCGGGUUUUAGUGCAAAGACGCUGGAUCAGUUUCGGGUUGUGCUCACGCGGCAAGCCCGCGCCAUUGCUCGCAGCCCAGUUCACUUGGACCUAGAGAACAAUGAUAAGUUCUGGCGGCGGAUAGGCAUCAUGGCGCCAGUGGACAUGAUCCUGCAACGGCUCGAACGAGCCGUCACCGUCACCAACACCUUGAAGGCCAAACUGAAGGAACAUGAUGCCAGGGUAUCCAGUACCAUUCUUGAUCACGAACAGACCGUUCUUGCUCAGACCCGGGAGAUAUUGACCGAGGCCCAAAAGGUCGCAGGCAACGCUGAAGACAGUCUGACACAUGUGUGUCAGGAGUGCGGCGCUAAGUUUGGCACAUGGGCAGCGCUGCGUGCACACGCGGGCAAGCUUCACAGUCAGGCCCGAAGACAGGAAGCCAAAGAGCAAACGCCCGACUUUGACCAGCAGCGGCGCGGGAAGGACGGAAUGCCCAUCUGCUCGCAAUGCAAUCAUCGCUUCCCACGGUGGGCAGACAUCCGCAAACACAUUGAGGGCGGCCACUGUCAGGCAGCAUCCACCAUCGCGCCGGAGCCGGCAUCGGGCACAGAUAAAGACUCGGUCAUGCAAAUGGUCAGGGCAGGGCAGCUCGAUGUGCAAAACUUGCGAGUGGAGGCCGUCACGGCUGAUCUGCGCACGGAGCUCAUGCAGCAUUGUGCACUUUGCAGGCAGUGGCACCACGACCAUAAGUAUCUUAAGAGACAUUGGCAGCGCUCGCACACAGAAGAAUGGGAGACCCAUUCAGCUCCUACAUUUCAGUGGCGCAGGCAGCACAUCGAUAAAAUCAAGGUGAUGUGUGAGUGGUGUGGAGCGCAGGUCCCGAGCAAAGCGGAGCACAGGGACACUUGCCCAGUCUUGUUUCAGCUCUCCAUGAUCAGGUCCAUCCACGUGAACCGCGAGCACAAUGUACCCAGCCAAGCCAGUGCGCCUGACAUUCCUUUUCCUGCAGAGGCAGAGAUCAAAAGAUGGCACGGAGCUUGUCAGUUGUGCGGACUUACAUGCACAUCACGAUCUUUGCAGAAACACUUUGAGACGGUGCAUGCUGAGUCCUGGAGCAUGUUGGGGCCGCGGGUCAAACAGCUGUGUAGUCAGUGGACAAGUGGUCUGGGCAGUAAAUGUCAAUUCUGUCUAGGUGGCUACGGCAAGAAGAUCAAACAUGCCAACAGCUGCUCUGAACUCCUACAGAAUGCGUUGUACAGUGUAAACCGGCAUCGACUAACACACGAAGCGGGAGCCACAUUGACCGACCAUCAUGACGGAGGAGUUGACCACAGCGGCCAUGCAGUUCCAGGAAGUGUUCGGUCCGGUGUUGGGGAAGCGGUUGCUGCAGGAGGAGCCGAAGGAACAGGACAGACCGAGCAAGCAGAACAAACCGGCCAACAGGGGACCCAAAGGCAAAGGAAAGGGCAAAGGAGGGGGAAAGCAGUUGCGACGGCCACAGCACCAGCACCAGCCCAGCAGCUGGAACAAUGGGUAUACGGCGGGGACAUGGACUGGCUCGUGGACGCCAUCCAAUUGAUGGCCAGGAUGAUGGUGAGACAGGAGGAUGUCCUGCACGUCCUCAGGCAGUCGACCGGAUGGGUGUGGUGGCUGAGCAUCUCCACACCAACCAUAGUCCCGGAUCUUUUUCAGGCGGCGCAGGUGUGGCGGAAGGAGGUGUCCCAACCCGACAGCAAGAUGGCCAACACCAGAUCGGCGCUCUUCUGGUGUCUGCUGCACCAGCUGGCGGAAGUCGUCCAUCUGCUGAACGACAUGCAGGGCUUGGUGAGCGGCGACACAGUAUCGCGCUUUCACUCAACGAGGCCACUAGUGGAACAGAUGUCGGGGCAUCUUGAAGUGCCGGAUGACUUGACCGAUGUGAUUCUCAGGUGGACCCAGAAUACGGUUUUUCACAUUGACAAGGCCGACGAGUCUGAGCAGUAUCAUUCUAGUACUGGCAUCCGCCAGGGAUGCAAGUUGUCCCCUACAUUGUGGUGUUGUCUGUACACCCAUGUGCUACAUGUUCUUGACCAACAACUUGGUGCGGAGUGGAGCUUAGAGCACCUGCUGGGAUUCGCGGAUGACACACACCUGCGAUGGGAGUUUCAGGAUCGAGAAGGCCUGCUCAAGGCCCGUGUUGAGGCAGGACGCGCACUCAGCAUUCUUGAGGACCUCGGUUUCUGCAUUAGUCGGGAUAAAACAGUAUGCCUGCUCAAGGCGGAGGGUGUCCAAGUUCCACACCUGAUGCGCAAAAUCACGCGCAAACGCCUGCAGCCCAAAGGCACUCUGCUGGUUCUCGAUGAGAGAUGGACGUUACCGCUCAAGCGCGACCACAUCUACUUAGGAGCCGUGAUCUCAUAUGGCAACUACGAGAUGCUCAAUGCACAACAUCGCAGACAUGCAGGACAAGCGGCCUUUUCACGCAUGCGCACUACGCUUAUGUCGCACCGUGCUCUCUCCCUCGACAAGAGGCUGCAUCUGUGGCGUACCAUUGUCCUGCCGGCCACUCUGUAUUCCUUGUCUUCUUCAGGAUACACCAGGAAAUCCUUUGAUCUCACCCGGGUCCUGAUGGUCAGGCCGAUUCGUGCCAUUGCCCGCAGUCCGAGACACCUCACUGAGGAGAAUGAUCUGCAUCUACUACAACGCCUACGGCUGCCUCAAAUACAUGAGAUGCUGCUUCAGGUUCACAGUCGAGUCGUUGAGGCUUCCACUUCUUUGCGCCAGAUCCUUAGUCCACAAGAUGUACGUCUCACGCAGGAUAUCGUCCAGCGUGAAUGUCGGCUCCUUGAGGUUUUCAAGCAACUUGUUGCUACGGAUGCAAAGGCUGCUGGCACGCCGAACAGGCUCACGUGUGAGCACUGCGGGCAAUCCUUUGACAAUGAUGCAGCCCUGCGGCAACACAAAGGUCGUAUGCACAGCAAGACCAGAAUGGAGGCGGCACCCACGGUGUUCGACAGGCAACAACAUGGCACUGACGGCAUGCCACGUUGCCGUGGAUGCGGGCAUCCCUUCGCUAGGUGGGCGGACCUUCAGAAGCACAUCGAGGAGAACCACUGCCAAGGCAAAAUCCAGGAGGAAGCGCCCGCCCCUGAAGAGCGGUCCUCCGUUCUGCAACAGGCUCGUGCUGGUGCGCUACAUGUACAAUCGCUCACUCUGUCCAUGCUGACGGAAGAGCUUAGGCUGGAGCUGCUCUCACAUUGUGCGUGUUGUAGACAGUGGAUGCCCAACUCCAGAUACGUCAAGAUGCACUGGAAUCGAGUGCACAAAGCUGAAUCCCAACAGUCUCAGGCUCGUACACUUCAGUGGCGUCGUCUUUCUUUUGAGCCCAUCAAAAACACCUGUCCUUGGUGUCAGGGAACAACUGCGGAACGCUCGGAUCAUCGGGACACUUGUCCGGUCCUCUUUCAGCUCAGUAUGGUUCGGGCCAUCAUCCUGUGCACAGACGAGGCUGAAUCUCCGGGGGCUGAGACAAUGAUGCCGGACAUGACUAUUCCAGCAAAGGACGACAUACCGUCUUGGAACUUGGCGGAGAUUCAAGAGGUGUUCGGAGCCCUGGUUGCGGAGAGCGGGCUGCUGAUGGGCAUCGGCGCGGGCUCAAACCUGGGCAAGCGAAACUCGGAGAAUCCGCAGGGACCCACAACGAGCCGACCAGCCAAAACGGGCCGCCUCAACAACGGCCAAAAGGGCGGGCGAGGCAAAGGAGGGCGACCGUGGCAUCCGCAGAGCAGACGAUUUGUUUCCGAGUCCAGCCACCAGCAGCAGCAGCAGGAGGAGGUGAGCAUGGAGGACCUGUUGAGGCUCCUGUCUUCGAUCAUCAUGCGACACGAAGACCAGUUGAAGAUUCUGAGGCAAUCAACGGGAUGGGUGUUGUUCGCCAAAACAGCAUCCCCGUCCAUUGUACCGGGGAUCAUCAAAGCCUCCCUCAAGUGGAAGGACGAGGUGGUCAAGCCGGACUGCAAGUUCGCACAUGUGAGCUUGCGCGCAAUCCUCUUCUGGAAUCUGGUGGAGCAGAUGUUAGCAGUGCUACAGGGUCUUACGCAGGACAUGAAGGACAAGGCUGUGGAAGAGGGGUGGAUGAACAGAGCGGGAGCAUGGGUGUUUCAGGAGUGGUCGCACGAGAAGCACUGCCUACAGGUCGACAGCACACGGGACCCAACGACGACGGAGGAUCUCCUCAACAUCCUACGAGAGCUGAAGACGCUCGCGACCUCGGAGGUGAUCUCGGCCUUCUUUUCGAAUCGACCGCUGACGGAACACAUGCAAGGGCACAUGGUAGUGUUCCAGCUGGAUGUGUCGUUCAGAAAGGAGGUGGCGCAUCGCUUCUAUGUGUUGUUGGAAGCUCUUCAAGGACAGGCCGCCCUUCAACUGUGCGGUGUACAACUACGCAAAGAGGGCUUUCGGAGAUCGCCGGCGGUGCAGAAGCUGGCAGAGCUGCUUCGAUGA